UGCUUCAUCAUCUGUCAUUCCUUGAAGCAGAGGCAGUGAUAAACUCCCUGUCCAUGUUCAUGGGAGUCAAGAACGUUUUUGGUUCUCUGGGGAUUGAUGCCAUAUUAGCAGGACGAUGUAUUGAUUUGGGUGACUGCCGAUGUGUGAUGCGCGACAGAAAUGAGAAAUUGGAGCUUUCUGAAUGUGGAGUAAAUCGUGCUGCUGCCGAGAUUAUUGGAUUCAUGUCUUUGAGCCCGCUUGCCUUCCGCUACUGCUAUGGCUAUACGACGGAUGACAUUGAAUUUUACUGGCGUGGGGGUGAUAAUGCGGUCACAGGAGUGACAAAGAUCGAACUGCCACAGUUCUCCAUUGUAGACUACAAGCUUAUCACCAAGAAUGUUGUUUUCUCUACAGGUGCCUACCCAAGGCUGUCUCUCAGCUUUAAACUUAAGAGAAACAUUGGUUACUUCAUUCUGCAGACCUACAUGCCUUCUAUUCUGAUCACUAUCCUCUCCUGGGUUUCCUUCUGGAUUAACUAUGACGCUUCAGCUGCAAGAGUUGCUUUAGGUAUCACGACUGUGCUCACAAUGACAACAAUUAACACCCACCUUCGAGAGACUCUCCCCAAAAUUCCAUAUGUGAAAGCCAUUGACAUGUACCUUAUGGGGUGUUUUGUCUUCGUUUUCAUGGCUCUCCUGGAGUACGCGUUGGUCAACUACAUCUUCUUUGGCAGGGGACCUCAGCGCCAAAAGAAAGCGGCCGAAAAAGCCGCCAGCGCCAACAACGAGAAGUUGCGAAUGGAUGUCAAUAAGGACAGAAGAAUAAUUGGCACAUAUCAUUGUCCAGAAAUGUAUUCAACAAAGAUGGAUCCGCAUGAAAACAUUUUGUUGAGCACGCUUGAAAUUAAAAACGAGAUGGCUGCCUCCGAGGCUGUGAUGGGGCUUGGGGACCCUAGGAGCACGAUGCUGGCGUACGACACUUCGAGCAUCCAGUACCGGAAAGCCGGGUUACCCCGACACAGCUUUGGUCGCAACGCCCUGGAGCGACACGUGGCACAGAAGAAGAGUAGGCUACGGAGACGCGCCUCUCAGCUGAAAAUCACCAUUCCUGACUUGACUGACGUAAAUGCCAUAGAUCGAUGGUCGCGUAUAUUCUUCCCUGUCGUUUUUUCCUUCUUCAAUAUUGUCUAUUGGCUUUACUAUGUGAACUAAGAAACAAAGCCACGGAGGAAGCAAGGACUGGAUUUCUCUUCAAAUCGGUUGUACAGCCA